UCCGCAACCUUCAACUAUUCAUCAUUCUUCUGUGAGUCCAGAUUUGACACAACUACCAUCAAAAAAGAACAUUAGUAGCCCGAAAGCUGUUGUUGUUGCUGUUGUUGUAACUGCGGUGGGGACGUUUGCUUUUGCUGCAAUGCUCUUUUUUUUCUAUCGUAAAUGUCAUAGAAACAAUGGUGGCUUCAAAGAUGAACAAAAGGAUGACUGGCCCCUGCUUACCUUAAGUUUAAGUGAUUUCUCUACUGGUUCUUCACAGAAGUCUUUUGCCUUAGGAAAUUCAAUGAAAAAAGAGAAGAUUGGAAGUCAAUCUUUUAGUACAAAUAGCCACAAUGAAAGGGGUUCAUCUUUGGAUGGUAAUUUGCCUAUACAGGCUGAUAUUAAUAAUUCCUCAGUAACAGAAGCUCCUUCAUCAGGAAUGGUUGCUAGUGCUCCCAAGUCUAGUCAUACCAGCAACAUUCAAGCUGUGAUUCCUCCUCAACCUUUAAAGUCUCCUCCUGGCCGGGCUGCUCCACCUCCUCCUGCCCCACCACCUAUGCCACCUGCUAUGAAGCCUAGACCUCCCCCUCCAGCCCCUCCACAAGGUGUUUUCCCUCCCCGAAUACCACCACAAGCACCCAUUGGCCCUAAGUUGGCUAGACCUUCAGUUCCUAAAUCAAAUCAUCCAGAAAAUACAGCUUCUGAAGGAGAAGCCCCAAAAACCAGGUUAAAGCCAUUCUUCUGGGAUAAGGUUCUCGCAAACCCUGAUCAUUCAAUGGUCUGGCAUCAGAUUAAGGCAGGGUCCUUCCAGUUCAAUGAAGAGACGAUAGAAAAUCUAUUUGGGUACAAUGCUGCUAAUGUGAAAAACAAAAAUGAGCCCAAGAAAGGGGCAUCAUCUCCAGAUGCUCCUCCUCAGUACAUUCAGAUUAUUGAUUCUAAGAAGGCACAAAACUUGGCAAUUCUGCUGCGGGCAUUGAAUGUGACAGCAGAAGAAGUCCAUGAUGCACUUCAGGAAGGAAAUGAGCUUCCAGUAGAGUUCCUCCAAACUUUGUUGAAGAUGGCACCAACGGUAGAUGAAGAACUGAAGCUCAGGCUAUUCAGUGGUGAUAUUUCCCAACUUGGACCUGCAGAACGGUUCCUAAAAAUGUUGAUUGAAGUCCCUUUUGCUUUUAGACGCAUAGAGGCUUUGGUUUUCAUGAGUUCACUGCAAGAGGAAGUCUCAACUGUUAAAGAGUCUCUUGCAACUCUAGAGGUAGCUAGCAAGGAACUUAAAAGCAGCCGGCUAUUCCUGAAACUCCUGGAGGCCGUCCUAAAAACUGGUAAUCGCAUGAAUGAUGGUACUUUCCGUGGUGGAGCACAGGCAUUUAAGCUCGACACGCUCUUGAAACUGGCUGAUGUCAAAGGAAUUGAUGGCAAGACCACACUCUUGCACUUUGUUGUGCAGGAGAUUAUCCGCUCUGAAGGUGUACGGGCUGCCCGUGUGGCCCGAGAGAGCCAAAGCAUGUCCAGUGUGAAAUUAGACGACCUUUUUAAGGAUUGUACCCAAGAAACAGAACAUCAUUAUCGCAGUCUUGGUCUCCUGGUUGUUUCAGGUUUGAGUGGUGAGCUGGAAAAUGUCAGAAAGGCAGCAACAUUGGAUGCUGAUGCCAUAACAGGAACACUGGCCAAAUUUGACUACUCAUUAGUGAGGACAAAGGAUUUUCUAUGCAAUGAUAUGGAGAGUCUAGAGGACGACUCUGGGUUCCACAGAACACUCAAGAGUUUUGUAGAACAUUCAGAAAUUGACAUAACUUGGCUGCAAGAGGAAGAAAAGAGGAUUGUGGCUCUCAUAAAGAACACAGCAAAUUACUUCCAUGGGGAUGCGGCAAAGAAUGAGGGCUUGCGUUUGUUUGUGAUUGUUCGGGAUUUCCUGAUAAUGUUGGAUAAAGCAUGCAAAGAGGUGAGAGAAGCACAAAAGCCAACAAAAAUUCCAAAAAACAAGUCAAGUCCGGCUUUGCAGUCUUCUCCAGAUUCCCGUCAUUCACUGUCUCCAGACAUACGUCAGAAGCUUUUUCCAGUAAUCAAGGGCCAGCGUAUGGAUGUAUUUAGUUCAGAUGACGAGAGCACAUCUCCUUAGUUUUUCAUUGGAGGCUCUGAAAUCGCAGUGAAAGUUCUACCAGAUGCUGCACUCAUGUGUCCAUUUUGAAUUCUGGCCUAUAGAAAUUUGUAUAGCUCUGAGUUUUGUCCUUGAUUCUUUUGUAACUGUUGACAAUUAACUCUCUCAAAGAUCAGUUUCGUAGUCCUAGCAAUGGCAUCUAUGACCUCCUCAGGCAUUUGAAGGUUGGUGAAACAACUAGUACAUAUUGCAUCCACAUGAAACUAACAUUGCUGUAGUCAUCACCAUCACUGUCAGACGAAGAAUAUGGAUUUUCCAAAGGCUUUUGGUCCAUGUUUUAUUAGGCCUUUGUGGGGUUCCAACUUGUCAAUGAAAAUUUAGAGGUAAUGAUUUGCCUUUCUAUUU